AAAAUGGAAGAACUUGAGCUAAGAAAUAAAAAGAAAUGAAGAGAAUAGGAGAAUAGAUAGAAGAAGUAACAAAGUUCACUCUCCAAUCGCACAUCAACAAAUCCCUCAAUUUUGAACUCCGUUUCUCCCCUGAUUUCUGCUCCAACCUUCUCAUCGAUUCCCACACCGUCGAUCCCAAUCCAGAUAUUUUGAAGGGAGUUCCUUCAUACCCUUUUUGCAACCAUUUGGCAUUGGCUUUGCGCCAAUCCAUAGUUUUCGGGUUCAUUUGCAAUAAACAAGGCAAUUCAGCGUUAAUGCAUGAUGAAAUUUCUACGAAACAGAAGGAAGAGUGGAAUAAAUUGUGAAUAAUAUAGACAUCGAAUUUCAUGUUCAAGAGCCGUUCUUUUCAAUGUUAAGAGACAAUUGAAGGAAGGUGUUCGAUUGGUGAAUACAAUAAUAGAGGACCUCAUAUUCCCCCAGACAAAAAAUCCUUUUUUGGAAAGGGAAACAAAGUAAGCGAGGGAAGCCCGAAUGGAGCAACCAUCGUCACCAGGAACAAACCCAAUUGACCUAAGGAACUGCAUAGAAGAGCUAGUCAAGUUCACUUUCCAUUUUCACCUCAAUGGAACUCUUGAAUGGGAUAUUGGGCUCUCAAGACAAUUUUGCUCCUCUCUCCUUAAUCACCAAUUAACCCACCCUAUCUCCCCUAAUGCCAAUUCCUUUGGGGUUUCUCAAAAGCCUUUAUACAUACAGUUAGCAUUGGCCUUACAUGAAAUCAUAACAUUUGGAUCACUUCAAGGGCCAUUUAAGUGUAGCAAAUUGGCAUCAUUUUGUCAAGGCAUUGGCAUGAAGCUGAAAGAAGAGUGGUUUGACUUUGUUCAUGAAAAAAGAUCUGAAUUAGCGGAACUUUUGAGGAGCAUCAAUUUUGAACUUCAUGUUCAGGAGCCUUUCUUCACUCAACUAAAGGAUGGUCUCAAAACAAUAGAGGGAAAGUGUGUUGUUGGUGACUAUAACAGAAUUGCAUCUGAAGAUUUGAUCCUCUUCAACAAAUGCUUGAUACUUGAGGUUCAGGAUGUUCACCAUUAUGCUUCAUUCUUUGAGAUGUUGGAAGCAGAGAGUCUUGCAAAGGCCUUUCUUGGAGUUAAAACCAUAGAUGGAGGCAUUCAAGUUUACAGGAAUUUUUACUCAAAAGAGAAGGAAAUGAUCAAUGGUGUUGUUGCAAUUUGUGUUGCAAAAGUGGCUGCUCAACCUUACCUUUCAUUAGCCAGAAUACUAGCUGAACUGAGUUAUGAAGGUGUUCAAAACCUGCUGGGUCUAGCGCAUACUGCUGGAAUAAUUUCUGCUGCACUCCCCCCGCCAAAAUCAACGCUUCUCUCAUCAUUUACGUUGCCAUAUAAUCCAGAUGUCAAAUGCAGUACCUUGACUCAUGGAGCUAGGGCCUUGGCUAAGCAUGCUGAUCGAAGUAGCGAUAAGUACUGGGGUAAUUUAAAUGGAAGUAUGACUGACCAUCUAAUCAGUGCUGUCCUAUUUCCAUCUCUCCAGAUUCAAAUAAAGAUAAUCUUGCUUGCAAUGGGUGUCAUUACUGAUUUGAUCACUAAUUCUAGCUGGUUGAAUGUGUAUAUUGUUCGACCACAUGGUGCUGUCUUUGAGAUACGGGUUGAUGAAGGUUAUGGUACAUGCUGGUCGAAGGCUGGAACUAAGUUCAUUGGAUUUCUAGAACCAUUGAAGGAAUGGGAGCAUUGA